AUGCCCGGCACGAGGCCGGCUGCCCAUGACCCCCGAGGGCCGCCCGCCACCCAGCGCCCCAGCUCAGCCUGCAGCGAGGAGGACGAGGGGGGCCUGGCCGCCCGCUCGCCCCCCGCCAGCGAGCGCAGCCUGGAGUUUGACUCAGGCUACUCGGAGACGUCGGGGGGCACGUGGCGAGAAGAGGAGGUGACGGUGCUGCGGCGGCACCCGCCGCCCUGCCACCGGGCGCACCAGCUCUCCGCCGGCGCUGGGGGCCCCGCGCCCGCCCGCCGCGCCCGCCCCAAAUCCACGUCGGACGCCUGCCUGGAGCAGUGGCGGGCGCUGGAGCCAGCCGAUGGGCAGGACUGGACGGUGUCGCUGCUGUCACAGAGCCGCAACCGGCAGCCCCUGGUGCUGGGGGACAACUGCUUCGCCGACCUGGUGGAGAACUGGAUGGACCUGCCCGAGGUGGGCACCGAGCCCCGGCGCCGGCCGGCCGCCGAGCCUUCGCGCCGGCUGGGCAAGCCGCCCGCCUUCCUGCUCAGCCUCUCGGGAAACGUGCGCCGCAAGCUGGCCAGCAUGGCCCGGCCCCGAGGAGCCGAGGGUGCCCGGCCGGGGAGCCGUGACCCAGCCAAGCGUCUGUCCUGCCCCCUGGGGCUGGGCGGGCAGCCCAAGGGCGCCUGCUUCCACCAGUCCCACAGCAACAUUGCCCAGCUGGCUACGGACUUCCACCGCUUCGCCGCCCUCAUGAACAGCCGCAGCCGCCAACCCAUCAUCUGCAACGACGUGAUCGGCUACAUCUAG